CCGCCUCGGCCGCCAGAUCCAUGGCCUCGUCGCCAGAGCUGCCUCGGCGCGCAAUGUAUUCGUCAACAACUCACUGCUGGAUUUCUACUCCAAAUGUGACUGCAUUGGUGAGAUGGAGAAGCUGUUCGACGAGUUGCCGGAGCGCGACAAUGUCUCGUAUAAUGUCGUGAUCGCGGGUUAUGCUUGGAGCCGGUGCGCCGGCACCGUGCUGCGGCUGUUCAGGGAGAUGCAGGCGCUCGGUUUAGAUAGGCAGGCCUUGCCUUAUGCUACUUUGCUAAGUGUUGCUGGCUCGCUGCCUCUGGGAUUGGGAAGCAGAUACAUGCUCAGCUGGUCCUCCUUGGCCUUUCUUCAGAGGAUCUUGUGGGCAACGCUCUGAUUGACAUGUACUCGAAAUGCGGCAUGCUCGACGCUGCACAGACCAGUUUUGCCAACAAAAAUGACAAGACUGGCGUUUCAUGGACAGCGAUGAUAACUGGUCAUGUUCAGAAUGGGCAGCAGGAAGAAGCGCUGCAGUUUUUCUGUGACAUGAGAAGAGCUGGUGUGAGCCCGGACAGGGCGACAUUUUCAAGCAUCAUUAAGGCUUCCUCGAGCCUGGCAAUGAUCGGGUUAGGAAGUCAAUUGCAUUCUUACCUAAUAAGAUCAGGCCACAUGGCCAGCGUGUUCUCAGGAAGUGCCCUUCUUGACAUGUACGCAAAGUGUGGCUGUUUGGAUGAGGCGCUCCGGACAUUUGAUGGGAUGCCUGAGAGGAAUUCCAUCUCGUGGAACGCUGUUAUUUCAGCCUACGCGCACUACGGGCAGGCAAAGAAUGCCAUCAAGAUGUUUGAAGGUAUGCUUCGCUAUGGGUUUAAACCAGAUUCAGUCACCUUCUUGAGUGUACUGUCAGCAUGCAGUCACAAUGGUCUUGCAGAAGAAUGUAUGAAAUACUUUGAACUGAUGGAACAUGAGUAUGGCAUAUCUCCCUGGAAGGAACACUAUUCGUGUGUUAUCGACACAUUAGGCCGGGUGGGACGUUUCGAUAAAGUUCAGAAAAUGUUGAGCGAGAUGCCAUUUGGAGAUGAUACAAUCAUUUGGAGCUCUAUUCUUCACUCCUGCAGGAUCCAUGGAAACCAGGAUUUAGCUAGAGUGGCAGCUGAAAAACUGUUCAGUAUUGGGGCCACAGACGCGACACCGUAUGUUAUACUGUCCAACAUAUAUGCGAAAGCUGGUAAAUGGGAAGAUGCUGCACGUGUGAAGAAGGCCAUGAGAGAUCGAGGACUUAGGAAAGAGUUGGGUUACAGUUGGGUUGAAAUCUAUAGCUUUUCUUCGAAUGACCAACCCAACCCAAUGAUAGCUGAGAUUAAAGACGAGCUAGAGAGAUUGUACAGAGAGAUGGACAGACAAGGAUAUAAGCCUGACACUAGCUGUGCCUUGUAUCAAGUAGACGAUGACCUAAAGUUGGAGUCGCUGAAAUACCGCAGUGAGAGAUUGGCCAUUGCAUUUGCUCUGAUUAACACCCCACCAGGGACGCCAAUUAGAGUUAUGAUGAAUCUAUCUACCUGCCUAGAGCCCUAGACUGCCAUGCUGCCAUCAAGAUGAUGUCAAAGAUUGUGAACAGAGACAUCAUUGUAAGAGAUUCAAGCAGGCUCCACCAUUUCAAGGAUGGAGUUUGUUCUUGUGGAGACUAUUGGUAGGGAUUAGGCUUCUGUGCGCAAUGAAGGAUGCACACUGAAUAUGCCGAGAAACAACUAAAAUUUGUCAGGGUACAUCUAUCAGGCACACUACCAUCUUGCUGGAGUUUUUGUUACUAGUUUUCCUUAUAUGUUGUUUUUGUUAUUAGUGUUUUUUCUCGCAUCUCUGUAGCUGGAAGUAGGUCUGCUAGCCAUUUUUCGAGGAUAAACCAGGCUUAUGGUAUGUUAGGCUUGACACUUCUACAUUUAAUUACAAACAACUAAAGGAAUAACUUCCCGAAAUGCAGGAUCUUGGUUUACUUUGUUUUGCAUGACAAGUUUUUGUUUCAAUUCUGUGUUUUUUUAACCCAUUGCCUUCCUGUACUCCAUGGUAACGGAAGUUUGACCAGCUAAUUUUGCAUAUCUAUACAUUUGCCUACUCAUAUUCCCCAUGACUUCAAUAUGUUAUCUGCCCAGCAAGUUCAACUUCUAGCUGAAAUCAUUAUUAUAUAUACAUGUGCCAAGUACUUGCAUAUGUAGUAUUUGUCUCAUAGCUUUGGUUGGUAACGUGUAAUUAGAAAUUUCAGUAAUGGUUCAGAUGACUGGAGCGUAAUUGAGGAGAAUGGUGUAAACACUGUCGUUUUGAGGUUUCACCUUAAUUUAUUUCGGUGAUAUAGCAGGUAAAAUGCCAUUUACAGAUAGAAUUUCAUACUUUGUGCUAUAAUUGCUCUGUACUUUCUAGGGAUUCCUAUUUUUUCUGUAUAUUUAAGAAACAUAAAGUUAUAUUUUCCAGGCAUCAGUCAACAGUGGUAAUUUUUGAUCCACAAUUGCAUUUGUGUUUCAACAUAGAAUUAAUAUUGAUGAAGUCUAUCGAGUGCUCCUCAGCAUUCUAUGAAUACUGUCUAUGAGUUGUAUUCGUCACCCAUUACUUGUAAAAGGCGGAAAACGAGUGGAAUUUUGACGUGUUACAUUUGGUAGGACGAGCUUUGUGCUCGUCGUGGCAGGUGAAACAAAACUGAGUGAAGCUGUAUCAAGGAGACAAGGACGGGCUUCAUGGUUCAUAUAUCCAUGCUCUGGAAGUUCCUCUUGUUAGACAGACAUAGGAGUAGCUUGUUGUCAACCCAAUCCCUUUGUAUUUGUG